UACGAAAUUGUAGCGCAUCGUUUAAACUCACAUUAGCGCCUAGGUAGCUAUAAAAGGACAAAGUGCGGGUAAAACAGCGCGCACUCCGCGAUUUCCUGGUCAGCGAAGUUUAGAGACGGUGAUUGUGACGGCGAUCAAAUCGCUCUUUCGGGGAGCAACGUGAAGAAGAGAGACCGAAUCUGAGGUAGUGUCCUCCUUGGUAUCUCGAAGGAUCCGCGGGUGCACGCGAGGACACGUUCGCUCGUUCGCUGCGCGAUCGGCAACGGGUAGUUGAGGAGAGGAAGGGCGCAGCUGGAAAUUAUAAAAGAGCGAUCGAGCGGCGAGAGAGGGGCAGUCACGUCCAAGUGUGUCCACCUGAGCCACCACGAACGGGGUACGUUCACAUUAUCACGAUAUCUAGUAUAGUGCUGACGAACAUAGAAGCGCGUCAUUUCGGACGGUUUCUGCCAAGAAACUUCCACAUCGAAUCUCUGUAGGUCCAAGUAAGUCAACACACAUCUUUCGGACGAGCACCAAGCCGCGAAAAUGGGAGCAGUCGAGUGGGUAGUCGAUGAGGAUAAGUACGAAUGCAAACUCUCGAAGGAGACUCAGAAAAUAGCGAAGGACGAGCUGAGGGAGGACAAGAACGCCAGGGACCAGGCUCUUGAGCAGAUGCGCAAUUGGAUAAAAUUGAAUCCUCGUAUUCAAAACUGCCGUCUCGAUGGACGAUUCUUACUAAAAUUCUUGCGAUGCAAAAAAUUCAAUGUGCCGAUGGCACAGGAAGCUAUGGAGAGAUACCUCCUGCUCCGCCAGGUGUAUCAUCCGGCUUUCAACAACCUGGACAUCACGGAACCGAAUAUGGAUGAUUUAUUGUCACUGGGAUACCUCUUCGCCGCACCCGGCCGUGACGCGAAAGGCCGUCGCGUGAUAAUCGCUAGACCAGGCGUAUUCGACCCGCACAAAUACACAAACGCGGACAUGUGCAAGAUUCACGGCAUCACUUAUGAGACGCUGAUGGAGGACGAAGAGAGCCAAGUGCGUGGCUUCGUACACUUCGGCGACGGUGCCGGCGUCGGUUUCCCGCAUCUGACGCUUUUCACUCCAAAGGAGGCCGUGCGCAUCGUGAAGAAUGGCGAGCGCACCUUGCCGAUGCGGCACAAAGAAGUGCACGGGAUUAACGCGCACCCCUCCCUGAAGUUUGCCAUGGAUUUCGGGAUGUCGCUCAUCUCCGACAAGAUCAAGAGCCGCAUCAAGGUGUAUACGAGCCUCGAGGACGCCAUAAAUAGCAAGAUGGACGUCAGCAUGUUACCGAAGGAGUACGGCGGCACGAUUCCCAUGAAGGAGAUGAUCGAACUGUGGCGGAAAGAGCUGAUGGCGAUGAGGCCCACGUUACUGAACAACGACAGGAUGAAGGUCUGUCUCGAAAUGUACUCGGAGAAGGCGCGAGAGGGCGCGGUCUCGGCCUUGAAGCAAGGAUUCGGCUGCUCCACAGUGGGUUCCAGCAGCGAAUCCACGAUGUACGGCAUCGCUGGGUCUUUCCGGAAGCUCGAGGUCGAUUAAUAUUCUUUCGUUUCAUGGUCUAUCUAGAAGGAUAAGUCGGCGGGGCUGCGAUCGAUAUCGCACAUGACAGAUGGUUGGACGAAAUGUCGCGGGUUUUUUAGGUUACACAGCAUUGGUAUCAAGUGGACAUAAUAUUAUUUUUAUAUUAUGUAGCUACUAUGAUUAGGUUCAUUGUGGCACACAUACAAGUAUCUCAAGUAUUGUACAUAU